CAGUGUGACAGCGGAGCGCGUGUGGUAGCAGCGAAUUUGCUUCCUGAUUUUUCAGCACCUCAGGAAAGCGAACACUGGCGUGUGAGCAGCGAACGGAAUUCGUGCACUUUUCCAACGGUUUCGUUCUCUAGUUUUUCCACUUAUUUUUCGUUUCGCUCCGGCCACGGCGGCAUUCCAUCGUGCGUACCACCAGCACGCGAAACGUCGGCGGUGGGUUGGUGUGGUGUGUAGUGUGCGAACGUGUCUUUCCGGCCCGCUGAGAUCUAUCUCUCACCGUCCCGCUAUCACGGUUUCCGUUCCGCCGGUCUGAGGUCCCGUUUUUUGCUCGGUUCCGCCGUGUUUGCGCCGUGAAUUCUCGUGCGUAUGCUCCGCCCCUCCACCUUCCGGUGAAGUGUUGCGUGAAACUCGUGUAGUGCUUUCCUUGCCCCUUGCAGGCAGUGCGGGAGAGAAAAGUCGUUGGUGCGGAGGGUUUAUCUAAGCACCACCGAGCAGCAAGAAGAAAAUAAGGUGUGCGUAGCUCGUUUCGUGAUCGCAAUCACUUUCCGCCAGCCCCAGUCGUUUUUAGAAAAGUAGAAAGUGAGCGUUGACUCGCAGAGAAGUCGAGCACAGGCAGCAUAGCGAAAAGAAAGCGAGGAAAAUGGCACAGGAAACCGAUGGCAACGAGGUUAGCACCAAGUUCAGUACGCUGAACGUGAACGCGGUGGAGUUUGUUCCCAGUUUCUGCACAUCGUCCACGAGCGCACCGGCAUCGACGGCAGUGCCAGCGACGGCGGCAGCAGCAACAACGAGCGGUGGCGGUUCCCCAACGACGGCCAACCCUGCCGCUCCCACGGUAGUGCCCACGUCGGCCACGUCGAGUGCCGGCAGCAGCAGUGGCGGAGGUGGCGGACUCGGUGGUGGCGGCGGCGGUGCAACCACUCCGACGUCCACUGCUGCCACGCCAACACCGCCGUCCUCGUCCGCCCCAACGCCCAUGGAGAGGGACGACGAUGUGGUCAUCAAAACGCCAGAAAACAAUGAAAGCGAACCACUCGACAGCUGGGACGCAGAGGAGGACUCAAUCCUGACGCCCGAAGAUGAGGAAAUGGAAUUGGACGACGGCGAGGGCGACGGUGAUGCCGCGCUGAAACUGGCGAAAAAGAAGCCCCCGAAGUUGGAGGAAAGUCGAAGCAAAAAGGAACACGUGAACGUUGUUUUCAUCGGACACGUCGAUGCCGGUAAAUCAACGAUCGGUGGACAAAUCAUGUCGCUCACCGGAAUGGUAGACAAACGAACGCUCGAGAAGUACGAACGGGAGGCGCGUGAAAAAUCGCGAGAAAGUUGGUACUUAUCAUGGGCGCUCGAUACAAAUCAGGAGGAACGUGACAAGGGAAAAACGGUGGAAGUUGGUCGUGCCUAUUUUGAGACUGAGAAGAAGCAUUUCACCAUCCUCGAUGCGCCGGGACACAAGAGUUUCGUGCCGAACAUGAUCGGCGGUGCGGCGCAGGCCGAUCUAGCGGUGCUGGUGAUUUCCGCCCGAAAGGGUGAGUUCGAAACCGGCUUCGAUCGAGGCGGGCAGACGCGGGAGCAUGCGAUGCUGGCCAAAACCGCCGGCGUCAAGCAUCUCGUCGUGCUGGUUAACAAAAUGGACGACCCAACGGUCAACUGGGACGUGGCGCGUUACAACGAAUGCAAAGACAAAAUAUUACCAUACCUCAAGAAACUAGGAUUUAACCCGCUGAAGGAUCUUACGUUCAUGCCGGUGUCCGGAAUUACUGGGCAGGGGCUACGGGAACCGAUCGAUGCAUCAACCUGCCCGUGGUACCAGGGUCCGGCCUUUAUUCCGUUCAUCGACGAGCUGCCGUCACUCAACCGUAAAACCGACGGUCCGUUCAUAAUGCCAAUUGUGGACAAAUACAAGGACAUGGGCACGGUGCUAAUGGGAAAAGUGGAAUCCGGUGUGGCAAAGAAGGGCACCUGUUUGCUAGUGAUGCCUAAUAGAACUCAAGUGGCCGUUGAUCAGCUGUGGUCCGACGAUGAGGAAGUGACAUCCGUGGGGCCAGGCGAAAACGUUAAAAUCAAAGUGAAGGGCAUAGAGGAGGAGGACGUAUCGCCCGGUUUCGUCCUGUGCGACGCUUCCAAUCCGAUCAAAACGGGCAAGAUAUUCGAUGCGCAGGUCGUGAUCCUAGAACACAAGUCAAUCAUUUGUGCGGGAUACUCGGCGGUAAUGCAUAUACACUGUGCUGCGGAAGAAAUUACUGUUAAGGCUCUUAUUUGUUUAGUUGAUAAGAAAACGGGAGACAAAUCGAAGACAAGGCCACGCUUCGUGAAGCAGGAUCAGGUCGCCAUUAUGAGAAUUGAAUGCUCCGGAUUGAUAUGCUUAGAGCAGUUUAAACUCUUCCCUCAGAUGGGCCGCUUUACGCUUCGAGACGAGAAUAAAACCAUCGCCAUCGGAAAAGUCCUUAAGGUUGUGGAAUAAACUGGGCCACGGUUAACAUAGAGACAAUUCCUGUCAUUGGCAACGGAACACGAUGUCCUUGGACCGGCCAACACAAUAAAAAAAAACAUACAACAAACAAAUCAAACACGCAGCCACAAGGAGCAACGCAGUUUAUCGAAGUACUUUUCAAGACGUCCUCUCAAGACAAACAAAAAUACCACCACGCCGUUCCCCGUCGUUGUGUAGCGCACUGUUGAUGAACAUAAUGAAGCAACAAGCACUUCCAACUGGUUCCGGUUCCAGCUCUAUCUAUUCACCGUCGUUACUUUCUCCUACCCUUCUCCUUGGCUCUGUGUGUGUGUGUCUGUGUGUGUGCCUGCUUGAGCGGCACAACGAGCAGUUCCCGUGCGAAAGUUGUAGCAAACGACUAAAAGAGGUAGCUCAAAACCCGCGCAAAACCCGAAACACAAUAUGCAGGCUGCUCCGAAUCUUCCGCUCGCCUAGGAUACAUCAUCGAGUAAAGUGUGAAGCGCAUGCUUCACCCUCUGUCCAAAUGCAACUAGCUUACGCGAACCCUUAUGAAGCACCAUUUUAUAAUGGCGAAGAGUGUACAGGCGUUUUUUACACCCAACCCACGAUCCUUUCAACAUUUAGAGGGGGGGGAGGGAAAGUUCGACAAACGGGACAGUAGCAGGUAGGCAAGCAGCAGAAGCUUUUGCUGAAGCAAGGGGUGUAUGCAGCUUGAAAAGAAUUGAAAAAAAUAUGUAACAAAACCACAACGCAUCAAUCGCCUUUUACUGCGACACAAAAAUAGAAACGGUACUCGGUAGAAAGUAAUAAGUGGAAUUUCACACACACACAGAAACGAUAGAAUGGCUGAAACCAUAAGCGAAGGGCGUACACAAACCACAGGUUUAACAAAAAAAAAAACGAUCGCGAACGCGACACGGACUGAAUGAUUAAUGAAACAACAAAACACUACUAGCAUAAAGAAAAAAAAAUGUGUAAAGUGCGAAGCCAGCUCAGCGUAAACAUGGCGAAUGUUGUUGGCCAGCUAAACGUAAGAGUAAUAAGCUAAUGCGAACGCGAAGUGGGGAAUAAUUCGCCGCAUGCAAACGAAUUCACGCCCAACAUCUAAUACGCAUCAGGAACAAUAAUAUUAAAAGAAAGAACAUGGUAAUAUAUUUGUAUAGGAAUGAAAGUGUUGCAUUGCCGGUUGAUAUCCUUUCAACAAACCACACGCAAACAUGGGGAGAUCCAGGAGAGGAGGGAGCGUGUUUGAGCGGUAAUAAACGUUGCUCGGGUGGUCAACGGAAGUCGGGCAAAUCUGGGUUCCUGGAACACGGGACAAAGCAGCUAACCAAGGAAAAAGAUUGUCGUGUGAUAAACGAAGAGAAAAAUCGGAACGGACGAUUGCGGGACGACAUCAUGUGGGAACGGCAUAACCAAUACAAACAGCAGGUAGCGAAGUGAAAAAUGCCCCAUUAAUAUUGUAAGCAGAGAACUUUUAAAGUCAUCAGCCUGUUAAAAUAGACCGUUUUCUUGGUUAAUAUUUUGUUCUUCAUUGUGAAAUUGUAAAACGACACGCGAAGCGUAGCGACGCAUGCAAAGCAGAAGAGAGAGAUUAAGGCAAAACAAGAUUAAGGGAAAAACAAACAAUUGCACGGCGCUAUUACCGGUCCCGGUGCAACACGAUGCCGCCAAAAACGCACUAAAACAAACACUCUGAACGCAUAGGAGGAACACAUCGAUUUGAGCAGAGACACUAAAAAACCUGACCCGUAUAUUGUUACUUAGAAUAUGUUUUGCUGGAAAUUGCCGCGGAAACCAAUAUGCUUUUUUCUGUUUUCCCUUUUGGAUGAUUGAUUGAUGUUUGCGAACGAGAUUUUUCAUUUAUAAUCUUUGUUCUUUACGCUUUAAGCUAUUUGGGAGCGUGAAGGAAGAGUGUUGUUAAUAGAGUAGGAACACUUCGGCCGGAGGAAACCGACGACCAACGGUGUUUAACGACAGCUAAGACGGUAUAUCUUUUUUUUUUAAUUCUGUCGCCUUUCUGAACCUAUUUACACGUCAACAUUCGGUUCUUUCAUUGACGCGCGUGUGAUUUCGUGCAGUCAACAUAAAUCAGUUUGCUGUUAUAGAAGGUAAUCGAAGAAAAAUAUUAGGGAGACAGAAAGAGCAAGAAUGGUAGGACAAAAAACUAAAGCUUAGUGGGGGGAGAGGAGGAAACAAAACGAAACAAACAAAAAACAACAUAAGAGAGCUCGCAAGCAAACAGCAUAAAAUCUACACUACAUUUAAUCAAAAGUACGUUAAAGAGAAAUGGUAAAGAACCUGAUAAGCUUAACCAUAAUUGACUAUUGCAUAUACUUUCAACUUUUUUGUGCCCCCUUUUUUCUCUUUUUGUGUUUUUUUUGUCGAAAAGUGAAAAUAGCAUUGAGCAA